AUGAGUCUCGGAUGGGAAUUUGAGGUUUUUGAUAAAACAGAUAAACUGGAAGACAACUUCAACAAUGUAUUUGUCAAAGCUAAGAGUGUUAUAUAUGAUAAACUAGAAAGAAUUACAAAUAAAAGCGUCACUAAAAAAAUCAUGGCGAUUUUACAAAAAUCACGAAACAUAUACAACAAGCUGUUGGACAAGUUAAGAGGACUUAACAAUAUUGCUAUAUUAAGUACUGAGUCUGUACCCAAUAAAGAGACAAUGUCGCAACAAUCUACUAAAUGCUUCAACUUAACUUCAGCGGACAGUUUGGAGUUCCAAUACGUUUCCAGUGGCAAGGUAAUUGGCCUAAAAACAGCUUUAGACAUAUCUGCUAGGCUUUUUUGUCUAUGCUGGAUCAUUGGAACCAUGUUUUACAACAUGGCUCAAGCACUAUGGUUGACACUUGUGCUGUUUAUACCCUUAAUAUCACCCAUAAUAAAUGACAGUUCCAAUAGUAAUGAUUGUACUAGUAGUGAUGGUGGAUACAAGAAUUUCAACUGGAAAUGUGGUCUGUUUGCAUAUUACAUACAUAUAACCCUAUUGUACCUACCACUGCCUAAAUCUCUAAGCCCAUACCGAAUUAUCUAUAUAAGCGCUAGAAAUGGCUUCUUCAAAUCUUUGUAUACGUUUUUAAAUUCAAUAGUUUUUAUACCCAAAGAGUUGCUGGAAUUCUUGAAAUUUUACAGCUACGGUGGGUUUUAUAGCAAGACAACAUCGUAUGAACCCAUAUCAAGACUGGUUUCUAUUGCGGAGGACACUAAAAACCCUGCCGCUUAUGAAUUGGCUCUUAAUUUAUUUUUGUUAUACCCUUUUUGGUUUGUAAUUUUUUGGGUAAAUCUACCUGAAUCACUAACCUCUCUACAUGCGCAUGAGAAGUCAUCACAAACUGGAACUAGGGGGUUAACCAAAUAA